GUCCUUUUAUUUUUGCCUCUGGUGGAUGAGAGAUACAGGGAGAUUUUCUUGCAACAUUUCCUCUCCGUUUUCUGCUUUUGUUAUAUUCUUUUUUCUCUCUCUCCCCCGGGGCUUCGAUUUCGCGAGACGACUGUUGGGAGAUGGGAGAAGUGACGGUGAGCAGCGAGGAGGUGGUGGAGGUUAAGGAGACGGCAGCGGAGGGCGGCGAAGAUAAGCUGCAGCGGCGGCGGAGGCGGCGGAAGGACGCCGGAGAGGGCGACGAUGGUGACGGUCUGGUGAAGUGGGAGAGGUUUCUGCCGAAGAUUGCCUUAAGGGUUCUGCUAGCGGAAGCCGACGAUUCGACCAGACAGAUAGUCGCAGCUCUUCUCAGGAAAUGCGGUUACAGAGUUGCUUCCGUUUCCGAUGGCUUGAAGGCAUGGGAGAUGCUGAGAGGAAGGCCAGAAAGUGUAGAUCUGAUAUUAACCGAGGUGGAUCUGCCCUCGAUAUCCGGAUACGCUCUUCUAACGCUCAUCAUGGAACACGAGACCUGCAAGAACAUUCCUGUCAUAAUGAUGUCGACGCAGAACUCGGUCAGUACCGUGUAUAAGUGCAUGUUGAGAGGGGCAGUCGAUUAUCUUGUCAAGCCGUUGAGGAGGAACGAGCUCAGAAAUCUGUGGCAACAUGUCUGGAGAAGACAACGCUCAUUUGCUGGCGGGGACUUGCAACCGGACGAGAGUGUCGGACAGCGGAAGGUAGAGGCCACGCCUGAAAACAAUUCCACAAGUAACAAUGGAAACGCCAUUGCGAGAGAUGAGCGGCCAAUAACCGGUAAAAGAAGCGAUGCCCAGAGCUCAUGUACAAGGCCGGAUCUUGAAGACGAGAGUCCUGAUGUGGAUAAAAACCCGAGAGACUUGUUGCAGAAGAAGAUUGGCAAGUCUCUGCUCAACGAUACGCAAGUUCCGGAGAAUGAGGCACACGAUGGCACUCGGGGUGUCGAGAACAAAGCCGGUGAUAAGAGCGACUCGUGUAAAGCAGCCUCGGACUUCAUGGAAGUACCUUUUAGAAGAAACGGCGAAUGUAACGGAGAAAGAAGUUCUCGGCUAGAGCUUGAUCUCUCUUUGAGAAGAUCCAAUGCGUCCGAGAAUGCGUCUUCCGCUGAACAGCCCAGUCUCUGGCCAUCUAGUGCCUCGGCUUUCACACGGUAUGUUCACAGGUCAUUGCAGAUGCAUAGUCCAAUCUCUCCAGCGUUUCCGAAUCAAAGCCAAUGUGCGGUGGAAAAUCAAGACGGUAAAAGUCCAUCCGAGACCGCAACUUUCGACCGUUCAAAAUCAUCCGAACCGACUCCAAGUGGCCUGAGAAACUACCAGACCACCUUUUGUGCCAGAGCAAAUGCACCAGAACCGCCGCCACCGCCGCCGCGCGUCGGGACAAACCCGUGGCUCCGUGCUCCGAUUCCUGUAAAGGGUAUAUGGUUCGGCAGUCAAAGCUCAGGUUACACAUCUGCCUUGGUGCCCGUUCUCAUCGCUCAAUCAAACCCUUCGCCAACUCCGAGCCCUGGUUGCUCUGUUAGCCCACAGGAGUAUAGUUCCCGAUUUCACUCACUUCCUCGGUCUAACCUGGAAAACGGUAUACCCGAAUGUUCGCAAGCGAGAGACGGUUAUGUUAACCACUCCUCGAUGAUGUCAAACCCAGUGGCAGAGAGGCUGGAUUCUGGGGAAGAGAGAAGAUACGUCUCUUCCGGGAGUACCAGCAAUGCUGAUCAGCAGCUGGAUAAGAAGAGCAGAGACGGAUUCCCAACACCAGACGGGGGAACUACUCGACGUUCUCAUCAACGGGAAGCCGCUCUUACUAAAUUCCGGAUGAAACGAAAAGAUAGAUGCUUCGAGAAAAAGGUGAGAUAUGAGAGCCGGAAAAAGCUGGCAGAGCAGCGGCCUCGGGUGAAAGGGCAAUUCGUACGCCAAGCUCGAGUUUCCGAGCCUUCAACAUCGACAUCGACACGAGAUCCAAAUGCAGCACCAGCUCAAGAUAACCCCUCGUGAGUUGCUGCUGGUUUCUUACUGUUCGUGGAUAGGAAUCAAGAACUUUGAUAUAUAUAUAUAUUACAAGUUUUGCGAUGAAAUGAGCGAGUGGAGGGUUCCAUCGUCGGAAAAGCUCGAGCCCUGAGGUUAUGGUUAUGGAUCGAUACUCGUCCACGGUCUCACUCACCAGACCGUCGACUGUAACCAAGUCCCCGGCCGACCAGACAGCGGUCGAGUGCCACGGCUGAAGGAAACGAACCUUAUGAGUGACGUGAUGAUAAUGCGGCGGCGCAUUCAGACUAACGCGUGCCACGUCAGAUUUCUGGUGACGGAAUCUUUAGACAGCUAAAAUUGGUGAUGACUUUGGUAGUUAGUUCGUGCAUUUUUGAAAAGUUGGUGAAUUGUUUUAGUUAAAUUAAAACUUACUACA